UCACAUAAAAAGAAGCUGAAUUUGUGAAGCGACGUUGUUGCGUUACGGACAGGUUUUAGCGUCGGACCGAUGGGAUGUGCAGCAGAAGCUGGUGUCUACGGCUGAAAUAUCUGAUAUUUAAUGUAGGAAAUCUUGUUAUAAAUCACAGUAGUGUUUCUUUGUUCGGUUUGUAAAAUCGGGAAUCAAACUGAAACAUCAAACUGAAACGGCUCAGUGCUGUUGCGCAUGCGCAUCGCUGAGGGUGUUUUUUCUUCUUCUGUGAUUUCAUGUGGAUUCGUCUGGUCUCAGGUGUGUGGUCGUCGAUGUCGCUGUGGAACAUCAUCACUCGACUGAACAACAAACAUGACGUCUACACCAAAGGUUCACCACUGUGAGGACUGUGAGAAAGACUUCAACACAGCGUAUCAGUUAAAGAUUCACCAGAGAGUUCACACCGGAGAGAGACCGUACAGCUGCCACUUCUGCGACAAAACGUACACGACUAAAGGGAGUUUACUGAUGCAUCUGCGCGGUCACACCGGAGACAAACUCUUCAACUGCGACUUCUGUAACAAACCUUUUAAAACCAGAAGAGACGCUUUAGUUCAUCAGAACGUCCACACCGGAGAGAAACCGUACAACUGCGAACAGUGCGGGAAAACAUUCUCUCGGUUGUAUCACCUGAAGCGUCACCAGGCCCUUCAUACCGGAGAGAAACUGCAUCGAUGUGUUUCUUGCGGGAACAGCUUUGCCCGGCGAGAAAGCCUGAUCAUCCACCAACGGAUCCACACCGGAGAGAAACCCUACCACUGUGACGACUGCGGGAAGCGAUUCACCAACCUGCACACCUACAGCGACCACAGGAACAUCCACACCAAAGAAACCAUCUUCUCCUGUAAACACUGUGGGAAGGUGUUGAGCUGUUACAACGCCCUUCAGGUCCACGAGCGCAUCCACACCGCAGACAAGCGCUACAAGUGCAAACACUGCGACAAAGCCUUCAUCACGUCUACGCAACUCAUCAAACACGAGCGCGUCCACACCGGAGAGAAACCCUACUGGUGCGGUCACUGUAAGAAGAACUUCAAAUGGUCUGAACAGCUGAAGAAACACAAGUGUACGGAGCUGGACCCGACCCAGAUGGACCCGGACCAGACUUCCAUGUUUGGAGUCAUGUGUUCGGCGACUUCACUUCCUGAAACAACAAACAUGAAUUCUACACAAAAGAAAACUUACCGCUGUGAUCUCUGCGACAAAGAGUUCACCUCGACAAGUAAAUUAACAACUCAUCAAAGAGUUCACACCGGAGAAAGACCCUUCUGCUGCGAACUCUGCGACAAAACCUUCAAAAGAUCCGAUCAUCUGAUGAUUCAUCUGAAACUUCACACGGGAGAAAAGCUGUUCAACUGCGACCAGUGUGAGAAAAUGUACACGACUAAAGGAAGUCUAAUGAUUCACCAGAGGAUUCACACUGGAGAGAGACCGUUCAGCUGCAAGCACUGCAACAAAUCCUUCAAAAGAUCCGAACAUCUCACCAUCCACCAGAGGGUGCAUACUGGGGAGAAACCCUUCAACUGUGAGUUCUGCGAGAAACCGUUCAAAACGAAAAGAGACCUGACUGUUCACCGGAGAGUUCACACAGGAGAGAAACCGUACACUUGUGAGUUCUGUGGGAAAACAUUUGCCAGACCGGCCAACUAUCGCCAGCACCAGCGCAUCCAUACCGGAGAGAGACCAUACAACUGCAAACAGUGCGGGAAAAACUUCUCCCAGUUGACCAAUCUGAACCAUCACCGGCUCAUUCACACCGGAGAGAAGCAGCAUCACUGCAGCGAAUGUGGGAAAUGUUUCACCCGGCAGGAACACCUGGUCGUCCACCAACGCAUCCACACCGGAGAGAAACCCUACCACUGUGAGCCCUGCGGGAAAAGGUUCACACAUCUUAAUGCCUACAGAAUCCACAAGAACAUCCACACCAGAGAGACCAUUUUCUCCUGUGAACAUUGUGGGAAGAGGUUGAGUUCAUACAAAGCACUCAAAGAACAUGAACGUGUCCACACCGGAGAAAAACCGUACAAGUGUGAGCGCUGCAACAUGAACUUCACCUGGUGUAACCAAAAGAGGAGGCACAGGUGUGAGUGAGGACACCCGCCAUCAUUGUUACUCAUCUAUAUGUUUACACAAAACUAGAUAUUUUCUCUUAUUUAACCCUUUCAUGCAUAACAUCCACAUUUGCUGACACAUAGUUUAAGUUCACUUUCCAAAGGGUUAUAAAGGCAAUAUUCUCCAAACCAUAUGGGGGCAGUCUCUAUAGACCUUAAGCAAUAUCAUGAAAAGAAGUAUCAGCUUAGUUUUAGAAUGUGGACUGCUCUGUGAUCUCAUAAAGUUAAACUCCAAAGACCCCACCAUGGGUUUUCUGUCCAUGUUUGUGGACAAGAGUUACACAGCUUUAUAUAAAAUAAAUAAAUAAAUAAAUA